AUUUGUGAACGUUUAAGUAGACGGUUGUCAAAUGAAGUAAUAAAAAAUUGGUGUAUUUUAAAAAUGCAAAACCUUACUAAUUAUUUAUUAUUGCUGUAUUGCGAAUUUUUAUAAAAGUGCCUCCAUUUUGUUUGCGUUGAAGAAAAAGAAAUUGUUAUUGCAGAAGAACCUUUAUUUACGCGAGCAACAAAAAAACUAAGCGUUCCAACCCUGUUCAAAAGUUGUUUCCUGGGUCAACAGCAGUCAUCAGUCAAUAGUAAUUGUCAAAAUGGAUUAAUGGACCAGUUGUGCAAAAGAUUUUGUUUUAAAAUAAAUGAUGAAUAAUAUAUUUAAAAAUCAAUGCAACAAAAUGAUUUUGGAGCAAUGAAUUUGGAAAUAACUAACGGCAAAUUCAAAAAUGGUGUUUACAAUAAUGAUGGACAAAUAUCCUUUGCACAGAAAAGAAAUGCAUCGACGGGGAAGUUCGAUGAAUUGAAUCAACCGGAAGGAAGGGUAUUGGUACUCUAUACAGGAGGCACCAUUGGAAUGAUAAGAAACGAAACUGGAGCUUUAGCACCAGUUGCAAAUGCGUUUGUCAAUAAUUUAAGACGAUAUCCUCACAUGCAUGACAAAGUUUACGCGGAGGAAAGAUUCGAUUCAAUCGAACCCUUAGUCUUACCAAUGUCUUCGGAACAUAAACGACGAGUUAUUUAUAAUGUCAUUGAAUAUUCGCCUCUCUGCGACUCUAGUGAUAUGACAAUGGACGAUUGGAUUCGUAUCGCCAAGGACAUUAAAGAAUAUUAUGAAUUUUACGAUGGUUUUGUGGUCCUUCAUGGAACCGACACAAUGAGUUACACAGCAUCGGCUCUAUCGUUUAUGCUGGAAGCUCUGGGAAAGGUAAUUGUUAUAACUGGAUCACAACUUCCAAUUUUUGAUUCUCGAAGCGAUGGACUUGAUAAUUUUCUCUCGUCCCUCGUGAUUGCGGCAAAUUAUAAUAUUCCUGAGGUUUGUAUUUUCUUUGGCACGCGACUCUUGCGCGGUAAUCGUACAAGCAAAUUAUCAACUCAAGCCUUUGAUGCAUUCAAUUCGCUGAAUUCUCCACCUCUCGCCGUCACUGGUAUCCGAGUGGAAGUGGAUUAUCCAUCUAUUUUUCGCUCUGGUGCUUUGGAAAAGUUUCACGUACACACAACAUUGAGUCAAAAUGUGGGAUUGUUGAGAUUAUUUCCAAGUAUUACUGGUGAAUUGGUGAAAGCAUUUCUUCGACCCCCGACCGAGGGAGUUGUUUUGCAAAGUUACGGAGCUGGAAAUAUUCCAAGUAAUCGGCAAGAUAUUGUAACGGCAAUUAAGGAGGCGACAACGCGUGGUGUUAUUAUAGUUAAUAUCACGCAGUGUGCCACUGGCAGUGUCGACAAUAUCUACGAGGCUGGACAAAUACUAGUCGAUGCUGGAGUGAUUUCCGGCUACGAUAUGACACCAGAAGCGGCUUUAACUAAGUUGUCCUAUGUACUGUCAAAAAAAGAAUGGGAUACGGAAAUGAAAAGAAUAAUGAUGCAGACAAAUUUACGAGGUGAAUUAACUGGUGGUAGACCACCGAAAAAACAUGAUCCUGAUCUUAUUGAAGCUGUGGCUCAUUCUCUGAAUGCAAGUUCACCGAAGGAGAGGACCCAACUGGUUAACAUUUUGUUUCCGGCCAUGUUGUCUGCUGCGGUGGUUGCUCGUGAUCUCGUCAAAUUGGAAUCCUUGAAAGAAUACGGAGCUGAUAUUUCCCAGAUGAACGCCGAUGGUCGAACGGCACUGCAUAUCGCUUGUUGUGAAGGUGACGUUCAGGUCGUGCGUCGUCUUCUGCAAAUGGGAGCAAUCGUUCAUGCGAAAGAUCGAUUCAAUCGAACUCCACUAAUUGAUGCCAUUGAAUACGAUCAUCACGAGUUAAUUCGACUAUUACGUCAAUGUGGAGCGCACCUUCACGAGCGACCAAAAGUUCUCGGUGAAAAAUUGUGCACAGCCGCGGCAGGUGGAAAUAUCACCCGUUUAAUAUCGUACCAAUUGGCCGGUGCAAAUCUCUCAGAAGGUGAUAUUUCAGGACGAACAGCUUUACAUCUUGCAGUAUUACACAAUCAAAAAGCUUGCAUUCAAUUUCUAAUUAAAACUCAAGUCGAUGCAACAAAAAAGGACGUCAUGGGACAAACUCCUGCUGACAUCGCAAAAUUAACAAAAGCUCUCGACUCAUUAAAAUUAAUGUCAGAAUCCAGUAUUUCCAAUAAUGGUAAUCUAAAAACUUAAUAAUAUUUAAUCUAUAGAAACUUAAAUUGUUUUUAAGGGAAUUAAAAUCUCAUAUUUAUGUUAUUUAUAUUAAAAUUUUUACAAAUUUGUUGAUGAUUAUCACUUCUAAUGACUUAUAAGACAACUGAAAACUUUAUUAAAUGUCGAGAAUAAAAACGAACAUUCCAAAGUUGAAGCAUGUAAUAUAAUUGUUAUAACAAGAAAUGAUCAAUUGUUAAAAUUUUCCAAUGAAAUAAUUUAUUAACGAAUUAACAUUCGUUAUUGAGUAUAUUACCUUGUGGAUGAAUAACUACCAAACAGUGCGUACAUUACUGAAAUGUAAAAAUUAAUUUAAAAAAACAAAAAGGUGGUGAAUAAUUGUAAAUAAUCGAACAAGCACAUGUAAAGUACAAAAAUAUUAUUAUUAUUAUUAUUAUUGACUAUGUAACAUAUGCGAAGGUUGUACAAAAAUAAAAUGUUCUAAUAAAUCUAAAGAAAACUUAA